AUUUUGAAGCGAAGACACCCGGAACUACUUGUGUCUGUCUCGUCUCAAACGUUGUUCCUGUAAUAGCCCAGGUUGCUAGACAUGUAACAGUUGGAAAGAGAAAAACAAAGACAUAUGAAAUCCGUGGUUGUUUUAGAACAACAUGUGUACGUCUGUAAGAAACUGCUUACACAAACGUUAGAGGAAGGUAGUGAGUCGCAUUGUGGUUCGCAGUCACGUUAGGCCGGCUGCCUAGAUACGUUAGCUAGCUAGCUAGCUAACUUAUUUCAGACAUUUGUUUUGUUUUCUUAGACGCGAACACCACAGUAUUUGGUUGACACAUGAGUGUCUCACUUGUCGUUAUCCGUUUGGAGUUAGCGGACCAGUCCCCUAUCCCACAAGGUUUCCAGUAUUGUGCUGUUGACAUGGCAGAAGAAGAGAUGAGAGAGAAGGCCCUGAGGACUGCUAGGGCUUCUCUUGGUGGGAAGACAGAGUUGGAGAGAACAUCAACUCUGCACCAGCACAUUGGAAGUAGGGCUAUGGGCGAUAUGGUGAUUGAGACCAUUGGGUCCAUCUCAGAUAAAGGGGGAGACGAGUCUGGUGGUUCUGGUGAGAAUGAUCAGCUUACCGUGGCAACUGAGGACAAGUCAUCAAGCCAGAGUGCGGAGGGCACGGAGGGGGGCACUGCCCCAGAGUCGCCCUCCAAGCAGCUGCCCGACCAGAUCUCCUUCUUCAGCGGGAACCCCUCCGUGGAGAUCGUCCAUGGCAUCAUGCACCUCUACAAAACCAAUAAGAUGACGUCCCUGACGGAAGACGUGAGGAGAAGCGCCAUGCUGUGUAUUCUGACCGUGCCGGCCAACAUGACCAGCCACGACCUCAUGCGCUUCGUGGCGCCCUUCAAUGACGUCAUGGAGCACAUGAAGAUCAUCCGCGACUCCACGCCCAACCAGUACAUGGUGGUGGUCAAGUUCAGAGCCCAGGCUGACGCAGACAGUUUCUACACCGCCUGCAACGGCCGGCAGUUCAACUCCAUUGAGGAUGCGGUGUGUCAACUCGUCUAUGUGGAGCGAGCUGAGGUCAUCAAAUCGGAGGAGGGGGCCAGUCUGCCCGUGAUGGAUCUCACUGAGCUGCCUAAGUGCACCGUCUGCCUGGAGCGGAUGGACGAGUCGGUCAACGGCGUCCUCACCACCCUCUGCAACCACAGCUUCCACAGCCAGUGCCUGCAGCGCUGGGAGGAUGCCUCGUGUCCUGUCUGCAGAUACUGCCAGACUCCAGAGCCUGUGGAGGAGAACAAGUGCUUUGAGUGCGGCGUGCAAGAGGUAACAGUGUGGUCCAGUCCAUCAGUUAAUCUCAGUUCAGUUCAGCAGUGUUGUGUCAUAGAAACAUUACAGAACACAUAACCUAUACACGGAACA